AUGACUUCUGUCCAGGGAACCUGCGAUCCCACCUUCGCCGCCGUGCGCGACCUGCUAGAAAAACAAGUCAACUCGCACGAUGAGAUCGGCGCCUCCAUCUGCGUCAACAUCGAGGGCCGUACCGUGAUCGACAUCUGGGGCGGAUACGCCGAUCGAGCCCGCACCGAGCCCUGGAAAGAAGACACCAUUGUGCCCGUCUGGUCCAUCACCAAGACGGUGAUGAGCCUCGCGGUCCUGAUCCUCGUGGACCGCGGCAUCCUGGACCCCUACGCGCCGGUCGCCAAAUAUUGGCCGGACUUCGCGACCCCGGACAAGGAGAAGAUCCAAGUGCGACACUUCCUCAGCCACACGGCCGGUCUGCCCUCAUGGGACCCGCCUCUCGAGUCGCACGAGUUCUAUGAUGUACCGUUUGCACUGGAGAAGCUCGUCCAGCAACAGCCCUGGUGGGAGCCCGGCACCGCCUCGGGCUACCAUAUGACCAGUCAGGGCUAUCUAAUCGGUGAGCUGGUGCGUCGCGUCACCGGCAAGACGCUGGGUGAGUUCAUCCACGCCGAACUUGCCGGGCCUCGCGACGCGGAUUUCCAUCUCCCCGUGUCGGAGGAGCACUGGCCCCGUAUCGGCCAGAUGGAGCUUCCGCCGCCACUGCCGGUCUCCUUUGACGGCGAUGAAAUCCAGCCCCGUGCCUUCCGCGGCAGUAAAUUGGCCCCCGAGGCUUGCAAUACGCCAGAAUUCCGACGUCUGGGGAUCGGGGCGAUGACAGGGUUUGCGAACGCGAGGGCCGUCAAUCGCAUUUUGUCCAUCGUGUCGUUGCACGGCGAGGUGGAUGGGAAGAGAUUUGUGUCGCCAGAGACGAUCGAUUUGAUCUUCCAGGAACAGAUGAGCGGGAAGGAUCUGGUGUUGGGAUAUUAUAUUCGGCUUGGCAUGGGAUAUGGCCUGCCCCCGCAAGAUGCGGAACGGUCGCUGAAAUGGAUCCCGGACGGACGAGUCUGUUAUUGGGGAGGCUUCGGAGGGUCUAUCGGGAUUAUGGACCUUGACCGCAAGAUGACGAUCACUUAUGCGAUGAACAAGAUGGGGUAUGGGACGCUGGGAAAUGAGAACACGGUGCAGUAUGUGAAGGCUGUGUAUGAGGCGUUCAAAGAUUAUAAGCCGAAGCUGUAA